AUUUUACGAGAUUUUCUGAACUACUUAUGCAUGAAAUAAUUCACUUUGAUUGAAUUUAGUACUACCCAACAAAUGGAGGAUUAGGUUACGGACAGUUAUCACCUGGACCACGUUAUCAAGGACCAAUGUAUUCGGGAGUGCCUCCAAACGUGAUGCAAUCGCCUAAUUACUACCCCGGUUAUUCUCCCGCAGCAAUGCCUAAUUUACCCGUGCCAGCAGGAAUUAAUCCAGCAUUAUCGAUGCCUAUGCCUAUGUCGAUGCCAGUUGCGAUGGGUUCUAAUGAAAAUUCUAAUGAAAAUGCAAACACCAAUGUUAAUGUUAAUGCAGGGUCAUUCAGAAGAAGUCUGCACAGCCCAAGCAAAGAGAGUUCCGGAAACAGUAACACCAACUCCAAUACCAAUCUUAAUGCUUAA